UAUUUGUCAACAAUCAGAAACACCAGUGAGUCACUUUUAGAAGACCAGUCAAACAAUAAAAGAACUACCAUGACUCUAAUCGACCACCAUGACUGCAAAUUGCAGCGAGAAGCUGAAGAGAGUAUAAUUAAACAAAUCAUCGAUACGGGGAUUUUCAUAAACACACGUAGAAAAAUAUGUGGAAUGUCGGUAAUUAACAAAGCACAUCCAAAAACUCAACUCUACUAUAAAUCUUCUGCUGCUUGCAGAAAAGAAGAAUUGAGACAAGUAGUGAGCUAUCCUAUGAUGUCGCAUCCUUUUUGUAUAUGGUGCUUGUACUGGGAAUUUUUCAUUUUCUUCGUGUUCUUGCUUAUGUACAUUUGCAAUACAGUGGGAAGUUUUUUCGUUUUUCACGACGACAUGAUUUUUCGGAUAGAUCUGGUUAAAUUUGUUGGGGAUAGCAUUCUGUUAUUAGACAUCAUUCAUAUAUUUUUCAAAGGAUAUUAUGAUACUGAAAAAAGCCGUACAAUAAUGAAACAAUCACAAGUUGCAAAAAAGUAUCUGAUGACUAACUUCUUCAUAGAUGUAACAGCAUCAGUUCCAUCCUAUAUCUUUUUUGUACUUUUAUUCACUAAUGUCCAAAUAUCAAAUGGCGUAAUGAUGUGUAUCCGGUUCAUUGGACUAUUGAGAAUCCUCAGGAUUGGUAGAUGGUUGGACACUAUGGAACUGUUCAGACAGUACAUGAACUAUUCCAGUUAUCUUUUCAAAGGUAUCAGAGCAGUUUCAAUGUAUAUGAUUAUGAUGGCUUCGUUAAUUGCGACUAUGAUCACCGUAUUGAAUGCGAUACAUAUAUUCAAAUUCGAAAUAACUGCUGUUACAAACAAAACAAAAAUGAUGUUUUCAGUAAUUCUGACCUUAUUAGUUGUGAGCCAUGGAAACACUUUACCAGAUAAUACAGAAGUUGUAACGGUGAUUACAUUGUUCCUGUGCAUAGGAUACAUUAUGCAACUGUUUUUGUACGCUCAAAUUUUACAAGUUUUUAACAAAUUUGCAAGAGCCAGAGAUACAAACGAGAAUUUACUUCGACAGUUCAAGGAAUAUAUGAAAUACAAGGGAUUACCCUCAAAUCUCAGAGAGAGAAUUUUCACGUACUUCCAGUUUAAAUUUCAGAAUGAAUUUUUCAGCGAACCCCAGAUCAAUUCCAUGAUAUCGGAACUUCUGAGACAGGAAAUUCUAGAACAUGUAACGAAGAAACACAUUAAUAAAUCAAAACUCUUCAGCAGCCUUCCAGAACAGGUCCUUUUACAAAUCGUAUCCCAUCUGAAGUCUGUGAUUUACCUACCUGACGAUGUUAUAGUGACGGCUGGAAAACGAAGUCAAACUAUGUUCUUUAUAAAUUAUGGAACAGUAGCUGUAUUUACUGCAAUGGGACAGGAGAUGUACCAUUUGGAAGAUGGGGACAGCUUCGGAGAAAUGGCUUUGGUAUUCAAUGAGUCUGCAACUGUAACAAUUGUAGCAGUUACUCCCUGCGAGUUAUUUAGGCUGAAGAGAUCUGAUUUUUAUUCUGUCCUAGAUCUUCAUGAAGAUCUGAAGGCUGAAAUAAUCUCCAGAUCUCGUAGUAGAUUAUUGAAAUAUAGAAGCGAAUUUAGUUAAUCCCAAAAGUAUCAACUUACUUAUUAAGAAAAUGUGUGUUUAUUAGUUAUAAAUAAUAAUUAAACAUAGGCUUUGAUUUAAUAAUUGUAAUGUGUUAUUUGAAUUUGUUAAUAAAAUAAAAGAUAAAAGCUUUA